AGAAUACGAAUCACCUAUCUAUUAUAUUUAAAUUAAUUAAAGCUUGUAUUUAAUAAACAUGACUACAGCAUGGAGACAAGCAUUGGUCAAAUUAGAUAGUCGUUUGCAGUCUCGAAUGUCUGAUAAAUUGAAGGAAAGAUGGAAUCACCCUGCAGGCUUAAAAACAAUCCAUUUCUGGGCACCAGCAUUUAAAUGGUCACUCGUUGUUGCUGGAGUGUCUGAUUACUUGCGCCCGCCAGAGAAGUUGAGUUUGAAUCAGUCAAGUUCACUUAUGGCAACAGGAUAAUUGGUCACAUAUCAAUGGUAUUACUCCCAAAAAUUGG